AUGGCACCAAUAGCAAUAGCUGUUGUUGUCAGUCCUGUUGUGAGUGUGGUGGUGAACAAGUUGGCCUCUGUUUUAUGGGAGGAGCUGGGACUGGCGAGGAGUGUUUACACUGACAUCAAGAAGUUGCAGAGCAGGUUAUCAACGAUCCAGAAGGUGCUUGAUGAUGCAGAAAAGAAAUCUAUCACCAACAAACCUCUGCAUGAUUGGUUGCAGAAGCUCAAAGAUGCAGCUUUUGAUGCUGACGACGUGGUGGAUGAGUUCCAGAUUGAAGCACUGCGGCGAAGAAUAGAGAGACACGACCGCAUGACCGGAAAGGUGCGUGACUUCUUUUCCUCGAACAAUCCAAUUGCAUUUCAAUGUGAUAUGGCUGGCAAGAUAAGAGAGAUUGGGAAGAGAUUUGAUGAAAUUGUAAAGGAGAACAAGGAUUUUGGUUCGAUGGUGAAGUCUGACUCAGAUAGGCCUGUGAACCGUGAGACCAAGUCAUUAGCUGUUGAUUCUGAAAUUUAUGGAAGAGAAGAUGAAAAAAAUGAGGUCAUACAAAUCUUAGUCGACGAAGACAAUGGCCAAAAUAUCUCAAUCCUCCCAAUAGUUGGCCUUGGUGGUAUUGGAAAGACUACCCUUGCUCAAAUAGUCUAUCAUAAUGAUAGGAUUGAGAAGCACUUCGAGCUCCGAAUGUGGGUGUGCGUGGGUGAAAAAUUUGAUGAAGAAGUGAUCUUGCAGAAAAUGAUGGUGCAAGUUCAAGGGGAAACAAAAGAUUCAUCCACCCUAGAGACCAUGUCAUCUUUCUUGGAAAAAGAAUUGAGAACCAAAAGAUUUCUUUUGGUUCUUGAUGACCUGUGGAAUGAAGAUGAAUUGGAAUGGGAAAAACUAAAACCCUUGUUCGUGCAUGCCAAAUUAGGUAGCAAGAUCAUUGUAACAACACGCAGCCAACGUGUUGCUUCUAUAACUGGAACCAUCGUCCCACCAUACAGACUGCAGGGGCUACAAAUUGAUCACUGUUGGACUCUGUUCAAGCAAAGGGCAUUUAGAUUUGAGAGGGAGGAAGACAACCCAGAAUUGGUGGACAUUGGAUGGGAGAUCAUGAAAAAGUGUGGAGGUUUGCCUUUAGCAGUAAAAGCUCUUGGAAGCUUGAUGAACUCCUACACAGAGUUACAAGAGUGGUCAGCUGUCUGCAAAGAUUUUGAAGUAGGAGGGUUACCCAUGGGCGAAGCUGGAAUUCUCCACGUACUAAAGUUGAGUUACGAUCAUUUACCUUGUCACUUGAAAUGGUGUUUCACGUAUUGUUCUGUGUACCCAAAAGAUCAUAAAUUUGAAAUACCGAGAUUGAUUCAGUUGUGGAUGGCUGAAGGACUUAUUGAUACAUCAGGUACUUCUCAAAACGCAGAAGACAUUGGCAAGCAAUACUUCAAUCAUUUGUUGUCGAGGUCAUUCUUUCAAGAUGUCCAAAUGGAUGAGUACAAUGAUCCACGGACAUGUAAGAUGCAUGAUUUAGUCCAUGAUCUUGCAUGUUCCAUCACAAAGGAUGAAACUUUAGUCAUGGAGGGGGAUACGAAGAGCAUUUCACAUGGAUGCCGUUAUCUAUCAAUAACAAAUGCUCAUGGGUCAUCAAUUGAUUUAAAGACAAUUUAUGAAGCAAAAAAAUUGAGAUCGCUUAUUUUUUCGGAGGCACGACAUGGUCAUAUUGUUGAUGUGGAUGAAUUUAUAUUCAAUGCAACAAAAACUUUCACUCGGUUACGUGCAUUGGGCUUAAGUUACAGUGGAAUGCAAAAGUUAUCAGAUAGAAUAAGCAGAUUAAAGCAUCUACGGUUCAUUGACCUAUCAUAUACGCAGAUUGUGACAUUACCUAUCUCGAUCACCACACUUUACAAUUUGCAGUCAUUGAAUCUUAAAGGAUGCGCCCUGCUAAAAGAAUUGCCUGAAGGUAUAGGUAACCUACGCAACCUUAGAUAUAUAGAUAUAUCAUGGUGCACUAAGAUUACGAUGUUACCUACCUCUAUCAUCAGACUUUCUAGUUUGCAGACCUUGAAUCUUGAAGGUUGCAGAAUGCUAGAAGAAUUGCCUGAAGAUAUAAGUAAUCUACGCAACCUUAGACACCUAGAUACAACAGAAUGUGACAAUUUGGCUUGCAUACCUCGUGGCCUGGGCCGAUUGAGUAACCUUGAGACAUUGCCGAUGUUCAUUGUUGCUCGGGAGAAUGGGCGCACCAUCGCAGAGCUGGGACAGCUGAACUCUAUUCGAGGUAGGUUGAAAAUUAAAGAUCUGCAUCAUGUGAAAGAUCCAGAUGAAGCCAUGCAAGCAAACCUGAGGGCAAAGACAAGAUUGAAUUACCUGAGACUUGAAUGGAACAAAGGUCCGGGUGAGGAACAUGAACCAUCAUCUACUGAAGUGGAAGUGGCAGAGGGUGUAUUUGAAAGGCUCCAACCUCACCAUAAUCUGAAGGAGUUGGAAAUCCAUUCUUAUAUAGGCACCAGAUUACCCAAUUGGAUGUCACCUUCUUUCCCGAAUCUAGUUAAGCUUGAAAUGUGGGAUUUCAAGAGGUGUGAACAUCUUCCACUUGGUCCAUGGCCCUCAUUAAAGAGUCUGAGAUUGUAUUCUAUGCAUGCCAUGAGGAGGAUCGGAGAAGAGUUUUAUGGGGAUGGUGGCGGCAUCGCAUUCCCGUCACUAGAGGAUUUGACUUUAGUAGACAUGCCCAGUUUGGAAAAAUGGCAUAUAGAAUCAACGAUGACAGGAAGAAAGAUGGCAUCCUUCCCUUGCCUUACCAAUUUGUUGAUACAAUCAUGCCCAAAAUUAGCCGUGCAACCAUGCAUCCCAUGCUCCGUGGAGACUCUUAGAAUUAGAAGCAGCAGUGAGAUGCUGUUGUCAGCAGGGAGCCUUGCAGGGUUGUCCAAACUCAAAUAUCUGGAAAUUGUGAGCUGUGGAAUAUCAUCAUCAUCUGGGUGGUGGGAUGGGUUGCAAUAUCUUAUCGCCCUUGAGCGGAUAAAAAUUUGGAAUUGUGGUGAGCUGACUUGUUUGCCUGAGGGUAUUACGUACCUGCCCUUACUGGAAAUCCUUGAUUUAAAGGCAAACAAAAAUCUGAGUCUAGAUGGGGAAGGAAGGAAGCAACAGCAGCCCACUCCCUUCACUGCCCUCCACUAUUUAAUAAUAGAUGAAGCUGAUAUGUUGACUGCUUUGCCAGAGUGGGUAGGAGGCCUCACAUCACUCUACAGUCUUCGAAUUUUGGAUAUUCCCAACCUAGCAAUGCUACCAGAUAGCCUGCAACACCUCACUGCACUCGAAGAGUUGUGGAUCUCCAACUGUCCCCAGCUGGUGAGGCGUUGCGAGAGGGAGAAAGGUGAGGACUGGCAUAAGAUUGCUCACAUCCCAUCCAUCAACAUCUGGUCGAGAAUAUAAAGAGAAAGAAGAUAGAACCGAGGAAGAAGAUGGAGAAGAAACAAGAGAAAGAUGUACCUUCAUUGCGAAAUGCAUGGGUCAUAGCCAAGGUGGGAAUAUCUCAAUCUGGCGAUGAACUAUCUUUAUUGGUGCAUACUCUUCUUUGAUUUUUUUUUUCCAUUUUAUUUAAUUUUUUAUCAAAAAAAAUGUUCCAGUUUUUCAGUGCUUGUUUGGAUCUUCUAAGACUUGAGUUACCAUCCACCUUGUUUCUUUUUCUUUUUCUUUUUCUUUUCUAAUGUAAAUGAUGGAAACCUGUGAUCUUUUUAUUAAGAAUAUGAACAGGGUACAUCAAACCAAAGUAAUGAAAUUUGUGCUUUGCCUUAUUUUAAGUUUUGAAUCCUUCUUGGCACGCUCUUAUACAAUUUCAAUCAAUAUUGUCUCUCAGUUGAUUGAUUGAUGCCUACUACCAUAUAUGUGUGUUUCAUAUGUUUUUCUUUAGAAUCUACUAUUUUCUGUUAGUAAUUGACUCCUUGUCAUGCGUCCUGCAAGAAUUUGUUAAAAUCUACUUUUUAACACAGGACAAUCUUAUCAUCUACUCUAAAUCUCCUUGUACGGCUUUUUUCCUUUAUGCAAAAGUUAGACUUAAUUGCUGCUUAGUGUGCUUUUCCCUAAAAAUCAAAAUCAAUAACUACAAUCUGAUUCCUAGAGCCUCUUGAUAUGGGUUGUCUGUUUCUUACUUUGAAGUUUAUUUUUUCAACAUCAGCAUGCGACUGAAAGACAUUAGAAUUACUUUGAAGUAUAUGGCUUAAGAUUCGCCUCUUUUAGUUGUAAUAUUAGCAUCUACAUAUGCAUUUUGUGUCUAUUUAAUUGUGUUUAAGAUGACUAAUUGCAAGUCCAUUUAUUGUAACUUGUACAUUUUGCUAGGUUCCUUGUAAGCCUGAUAAUCUACGUGUGACUCUAACCUGGUAAGGCAAAAAAAAAUGCUGCAAUCUGAUUGACAGUCAUAAUGAUCAUAAGUUGAGUUGUACAUAUCGAGCCUCUUUUAUUAUAUACUCGAGCUUAUAAUUCUCUUGCUAUUUUAUGUAGUCCCAGCAAUUCUGCUCCAGUUCAAGGUAUAAUGUAUUUUGAUGCUCAGGUGGAUCCAAUAAUUAUUCUUAAAGCAAGGAGCACGAGUCAAGUGAUGGGAAGCCCACUUCACACUUUUGGGAUGGGGUUUGCUUCAGUUCUCCAAGAUGGGCAUUUGUACAAUUGACAAUCUCCAUCUCAUUGGAUGGUUCCGUUGUUAACUUGUGGAUGGCAUCAAACUCUUGAAGUGGAGUAUAAAGAUCUUGCCAGAGAGCAAAAAGGCAGUACCUAAUCACCCAACUGUGUGGCCCUACCAUAAGAGGAUAUAUAAGUGCACCACUAAAUGACGGGCUUUGAAGGAUAAAAAGAGCAUUUUAUGACCUCUGAAACCAUGGAGCAGAUCUUUGCUGGGAGCUAUGGAAAGAGAGAUGCGAGAAUCUUCACUAAGAGAAGCCCUUCGGUGUUUGCCACUCUACAGAAGUCUUUGCACACAUUCCACAAUUGGGAGUGCUUAUGUUCAGCAAAAAGGAUGGAUAGUCAUAGGAAAUUAUGGAAUAACCUUUCUUUUUUAUGAUAAAAAUUAUCGAUUAACUUGACGGCUCUUGUAUACAUCGACUUCCUUGGUGAA